GCAUGCAGUGUAUGAGGUGUUUGAGAGGAUGGCUUAUUAUGGGAUUUCAUCAAAUUUGGUGCUUUAUAUGACUAAUAAGCUCCAUGAGGGCACCGUGACAUCAUCAAAUAAUGUUACCAAUUGGGUUGGAACUGUGUGGCUGACGCCUAUUAUUGGCGCCUAUAUUGCAGACGCUUAUCUCGGUCGAUAUUGGACUUUCAUAUUCGCAUCGAUCAUUUAUUUUAUGGGCAUGUGCGUUCUAACCCUCGCCGUCUCCCUCCCAUCUCUCAAACCUCCCCCUUGCGGCUCCGGCACCGCUGACCCCAACUGCACCAACAAAGCCUCCUCCUUACAGCUCGGCGUCUUCUUCUUCGGCCUCUACGUCAUCGCUCUCGGCACCGGCGGCACCAAACCGAACAUCUCCACCAUUGGCGCCGACCAAUUCGACGAGUUCCACCCCCGAGAGCGCAAGCACAAGCUAUCCUUCUUCAAUUGGUGGCUCUUCAGCAUUUUCUUCGGCACGCUCUUCGCCAACACCGUCCUCGUCUACACUCAAGACAAUGUCGGCUGGACGUUGGGCUACGCGCUCCCCACUCUCGGCCUUCUCAUCUCCAUCAUGAUUUUCGUCGCCGGCACGCCAUUCUAUCGCCACAAGCCGCUGACCGGAAGUCCGUUCAAGAAAAUGGCGCAGGUGGUGGUGGCGGCGAUGAAGAAAUACAGAGUAAGCGUACCGGAUGAUCCCAAGGAGCUAUAUGAAGGCAACGACAAAGCUCGGAUUAGUUACACUCCUUCGUUGAGAUGUCUUAGCAAAGCGGCGGUGAAAAGAGGGGAAUCCGGUAGGCCGUGGUCUCUCUGCUCCGUCACGCAGGUAGAGGAAACCAAGCAAAUGGUGAGAAUGAUCCCCAUUCUCGUAGCCACCUUCAUCCCCAGCACAAUGAUGGCCCAGGUGAACACUCUGUUCAUCAAACAGGGAACCACCCUCGACCGCCGCAUGGGCUCCCAUUUUCAGAUCCCCCCCGCCAGUCUCGUCACCUUCGUCACCCUCACCAUGCUCAUCUCCAUCGUCCUCUACGACCGCGCAUUCGUCCCCUUUGCUCGCCGCUUCACAAGAAACCCCCGCGGCAUCUCUCUGCUCUGCCGCAUGGGCGCCGGCAUGUUCUUCCACAUCCUCGUCAUGCUCGUCGCCUUCCUCACUGAGCACCACCGCCUCUCCUUCGCCCGAUCAAACGGUAUCACCACCAAAGGCGCCAUUGUUCCCCUUACCGUCUUCAUCCUCCUCCCACAGUUCGUGCUCAUGGGAAUCGCCGACGCCUUCCUUGAGCCGGCCAAGAUUGAAUUUUUCUAUGAUCAGGCGCCGGAAGGGAUGAAGAGUUUGGGGACUGCUUAUUCGACGACGACGCUCGGUGUGGGAAAUUUUAUUAGCAGCUUUCUGCUUUCGACGACGGAGAAGGUGACGAGGAGGUCGGACGGCGGGGAGGGGGGUUGGAUACUCAAUAAUCUCAAUAAGUCUCAUUUGGAUUACUACUACGCUUUCUUUACCGUUCUGAAUGUUGUCAAUCUGUUCUUCUUCCUCUUUGUUAGCCGAUUCUAUGUUUAUAGGGCAGAGUUCGGUGCUGAGAUUGAGGCUGUUGAAGAAUCCGAUAAGGAGAAAUCCAAGCAUAUGGAUGUUAAGGAUGGAUAGAUUUGUUCAGCUUUGGGUGGUUAAAUGGUUUAAUUUGGCAAGCAAAAU